AUGGAAGAAAGAAACGUCCUUGAAUACGCAGAAGUAAUAAUCGAUAGACAAAGAGACAAGAUAAAUGAAUUAGAAAAGAAGCUAGUUGAGUUAAGGAGUAGCAGCGAAGAGUUACAAAAGAGUGCCUUGAAAAAUGAUGAAGAAAAUAAAAGUCUGAGGCUAGAAUUAAAUAGAAAAAAUGAAAGUGAUAUGAUUUUGCAUAUGCAAUUAAAUAAAGAAAAUGAAUUUCUUCAAAAAAUUAGCGUAUUAGAAAAGCAGCUGCUUAAAAGAGACACGCUUCUAGAAGAACUAAACAACCUUUUGAAAAAAAGAAAAUAUGAAUAUGAGUUAUUGCUACAAGAAAAAGAAAAUUUAACAAAUACUGUUAAUAUAUUGAGAAAUGAUAUAUGUAAAAAUAGAAAGAGUGAAAAAUUAAAAGAACAAGAAUAUUUAAAUAAUGAAAAACAAAAUGAAAAUUUCCUAAACUUGUAUAAAAAUAAUAAUGAAGAAUUGAAUGUCACCAAAAGAUGCUUAAUACAAAUCGAGACUGAAUUACAUUUGUAUAAAAAACAGAAUGAAAAGCAAAAAAAUGAAAUCCAAAGGUUGUAUAAAAUAAUUAGUUGUAUGAACAAAGAAAAAGCUCUUAUCCCUCCUGUAGUAUUAGCAUUACAAAAUGAGUAUGUAAAAGGUAGAAAUAAUAAAACUUUACAAGAAUAUGUGCAAAUCAAGGAUAUGCAAGGCACUCCCCCAGGUCUUGGAAUACAAGUGGAAAAUAAACUAACAACACUGAAGCAGAUGGAUCCUGAAAAAAGUUUGCAACAAAAAUUAGCAUAUGAUGAGAAUUUAUUAAAAUUAAAUUUAAUGCAAUCUCAGGAACAAAAAAAUUUAUUUAAUAAAGUGCUAGAAACAUUAAAUAAAAUUCAAUAUGCUAAUACGAGCGAUAAUAAAAUUGAUUUUUUCUUUUCCUCCAAAAUUUUGCACUAUCUUGAAAAAAAUAAAGAACCGAAAUUAAUAAACACAAAUGCCGUAUCACUUAACAAGUCAUUCGGAUUAAGCAUAGACUCGAUAGAAAACUCAAGCAACCUGUCCGACACGAGUUCCUAUGACGUGUUAAAAAAAAAGGUGCAUACAAAAAAGGGAAAAAAUGAUAAAAAAGGGAACCAAAAAGAUAAGAAAAAAAAAAAAAAAAAAAAAAAAAAAAAAAAAAAUUACGUGAUGCCCCAUGCUGCCUUGCCAGUAAGGAAAAAUAAAAAAAAUAUGAAAAAGAAAGGAAAAUCGAAAAUCGGUUCAAAACAAAUAUUAUCAGGAUUAGAAGACACUUCCAACGAAGAAGAUAAUAGCAAUGUGAUUAACAUCAAUGGGUAUAAGGGUACUACCUCUGGUGAUGACCUCUCUAGUGACGAUAAAACGAGUAGAAAAAAUACCAGCGACGAAAAUACAAGUAUUGAUAGUGAUAGCGAGGGAAGUGAUAGCAAAGACAGUGAUAGCGAAGGAAGUAAUAGCGAAGGAAGUAAUAGCGAAGGAAGUGAUAGCAAAGGCAGUGAAAGUGAAUGCAGUGAAAGUGAAUGCAGUAAUAACCGAAGCGACUCAGAUUCAUCCGGCCGAAGGAGCAGGGAUCUCAUGAAGGGUUCUGGUGAUGAAUCAAUAAGCGAUAUGGAUCUAGAGAACAUUAACCAUUCAAAGAACAAACACAAUUACAAGGAAGAAAGAAGAUUCCUGUUAAAUUAUGAAAAUUAUAAAGAAAAAUUCAUAGGGAUUACAAAUAAAGAAAUAUUUAUUUAUAAUAAAAAAGGGAAUGAAGAACCAGUGCACAUCAUAAGAAAUAAAAGUAUCAAAAAUGUGAAAAUGUUGUAUAGCAAUCAGGUCUAUGUAUUAGAACAUAUUACUUUUGAUAAUAUUUUACAGAAACAUUAUUUUUUAAUAAAAAGUGAUGAUAAAUCAUUGCGAAUGUUCUAUGCUUUACAAUACGCAGGGUUUAUUAAACAGGACAUGGAUCAAUGUAUGGGAGAGAAAACAAACAAAAAAGACCAUAUAAAAAAAUUGAAUAAAAAUGAUUAUGGUAAUAAAAUGCAAAAUAUAAAUAAUCAAACAGAAAGGAAUUCAUAUUAUAGUAAACUAGAUUCUACUACAGCUGAGACAACUGUAAAUAUAUUUACACCAAAUGGAAUUGAUAAAAAUGGUAAUAACAUACCUUACUUAUGCAGCGAUGUAAUAAUGAAAGUAAAUCCUCAAAGGAACUAUCUAACACUUUUAAAUUUUCACGAAAAAAAUUCAUUUAUUAACUGUGAGGAUUAUCACAUGAGUUAUAAAAAUAAUAAAAUUACCCUCUACUUUAAUAAUUUUAAAGAUCAACACAUUAUAUUACCAAAGAGUAAAGAUUGCACAAAUAACUUGCAUGAUAUCUUAAAUGAGAUGAGUUGGAAAAAUUCUCAUCCUCAUUAUGGACCUGAUGGAAAAGACAUAUACAAUGAUGAGGACUUGAAAAGUUCUAAUGUUUCUUCAAACAAUUCUGAAAAGUCAGUCAAAGAAAAACGUAAAUAUGAAGUCAGAGAUAAAAUAUCUCAACGAAAAAUGGAAACAAGUGUGAAGCGAAAUUUUUCUAUGGAUCAAAAAGUGGAUAAAGAAAGGAAUAGCGAAUGGUACAAAGAUAAGGACAGCGCACAUGGAAAGGAUAAGAAUGCCGAUUGGGAAAAGGACAAGAAUGUCGAAUGGGGAAGGGAGAAGAAUUAUGAACGAGACAGGGAGAAGAGCAAUGAAUUGAACAAGGAGGGGAACAUGGAAGGGGAGAGAGAACAUGAACAUAAAAUGGAACGUGAUAGAAAAUCUGGAGUCCGAAGAAAUAGUUCACUUGGAAAUGAUAAUGAAAGAGGAGAGUGGUAUGAUGCAAAGGAGCGCGAAAGAGAAAAGGAUAAGGAAUGGAAUGAGGAUAAAGAUAAGACAAGGGAGAAAGGGGGAGAGAUCAGAAAAGACGAUAUUCCAUCAAACAUGAAUGCGUCUAGUAAUAUGGAAGACACCUUCUUUAUAAAACAUAAUGUUCUUUAUAUAUCUAAAGACGGUAACCCUUUUAAAAAGGACCAAAUGAAUUUUAACGAUGAAAAUUCUAUAAAAUUUCCAAACGAAAAUUUACAGGUGCUGAAAGAUGAUGAUGUUCAAGAAUUAACUUUUAUAAAAACGGAAGAAAAUAAAGAUGAAGAGACAUACAUUUUUCAUUAUCCUAAGAAGGAAAAAUAUGAUCAUUUGAUAUCCAAAUUACGUAAGAAUAAUUUUAACGUAAUGAGGAAAAGUGUUUAUGACACAAUCCAAGAAAAAGAAAAAAAUGAAAAAAAAGCACUUAAUGAAGAGUUAGAUGUAAAUAUCGAAGAAAUGGGGGUGGAAACAAUAGAAAAAGCAGACAAAUUUAUGAAAAACAAUCAAGUAGUUGUAAUCGAAAAAGGAUUACUAUCAAUUUAUAAAGAUUACGGUAAUGAAAAUUCUGUUCCAAUAAUUAAAUUUUCGUCUGAUUUUUGCGAUGUUCAUUCAAAUGAAGAAAAUGGAGUAAUUAGUAUAAAAGAUACGUCAGAUGGAUCUAAUGAAAGAAUUGUACUAGACUGUCUAAAUAAAACGGAAUUCCAUAGAUGGAAAAAUGCACUGUGUUUUGGUGGGUUUGUAAAAGGUGAAGGUGUUAAUGCUUCACACAUGAAUUUAAAAAAGCACAUAUUUUCUAUAAAUUUAUUUGAUAACUUGAAUGUGAAAAGUUUAGUCACUGUAAAUAACAAUUUCAUAUGUAUUUAUCAAAAUAAUAAUAUGGUUAAGCCCUUAUUCUCUUUUGAAAAAGAAAAAAUAGAAUUGAUAUUCAUUCCAGAAUUAAGGAAAAUAAGGAUUUAUAUGCAAAGAGAUACCACAUGCGAACGACGAUAUGAUAUUACCAUUCCAUUAGCACGUGAUUUUGCAUGCAUUAAAGAACAAGUAGAAAAAUAUAAUUAUCACUCAUUAAGCAGUAAAAAAACUCAAAAAAUAAAAAAACCCUUUGUGUUAUGCAAAAAGAAUAUCAUUGCUAUACAUAAGGAUAAAUAUAAAUUAAAACCAGAUAUAAUAUUCGACAAAAAAAGUUGCACAGCUUCAGUUGAUAAAAACAAACUUACGAUCACUUUUAAAAUUAAAAGUAAAUUAAAUACUGAUCAAGAAGAGACAAAAACUAUUACUUUAUCGAAUACAUCUAAUUUUAAUAAAUGGAUAGUCACAUUAAAAAUAGCUACAUUCUUACCUGGUUUUGAAGAAUUAGAAGAUGAUAUAUCUUUUCCUACCAUUGUUUUUGGACAUACCUCUCCAGAGGCAACUAGCUUACUCGGGAGAAGAAAUUCAUUCAUAAAUUUUUUUAAAAAAUGA